AUGAUUCUGACUCCUGAUGGUUAUGAGGUGGAUUAUCAGAUGGACGAUGUUCCACCAGGCGUGUUCAGGUCGAGACCACGAGACAAUUCUCGAACAGAGGAGCAGACCCUCUGCUCUGUGAUACAAAACAUUCUACCAAAAUCUGCCAACGAUGGAAAGUUCGUUCUCAUAGGACCAGACGACCAAGCGUCCGCCACCGACAACCACAUUCCCAUAUCUAUACCCCCACCAAAAGGAUUCUACCCAAAACUAGACCCCAGGCUUAAAAUCCCGAAACUAAAAGUACCCAAAAUAAAAGUGCCGAAAUUCAAAGUGCCAACUCUGAAAUCUGUCGGCUCAGCGUCGGCACCACGUUUAGGUGCUCCGAUGAACUUUCCGUCUCUUUAUAAAGCAAGAGUUAGAGACGAAGAAGAGAGUAGUGCAGAGCGAAUGGAGAAAUUCAAGAAAGGAGUUCAAAAAAUGCUGCACGUUGUAAAAGUUCUCGGCCAAAUUGACCAGUAUUUAUCCGAAAGGACUAGAAUAAUUGUUGAUAUACUUUCAAAAACUAUUACAGAAAGAGAUUAA